ACCUGUUUCCUUUCUUCUUCUUCCGCUUUCUCACCUUCUCCAAAGCUUUUUUUUUUUCUCCUCAUUUUCCUCGUCCUUUUAAUUUCUCUCUCUGCGUGCCUUUUUAUCUCGUCUCUCUCAUCUUCAUUGCAGUAUUGCUCUUAAACCCUUUUUUUAUGGGGUACCCUCUACCAAAACCACACCUCGAUAAUCUGGUUUCCUAUCAUAUGAUCAACCCUUGUUUCAACUGGACCUUCCUCCCAAGAACAUCAAAAGGUUUUUGACUCAAAGCCUUCUCUAUAUGUGCAGAGGGAAGACGGGAAGGGAUGAAACGGGAUUCGGCGAGAUCCUAGCUAGCGAGCGUUAUAAUCUUGGUGUUUCAAGGAUUGUUGAGUCUGCGUCAACUCUUUGUGCUAUUCCUUUUCCAAUUCUAGUCUUUUAGCACGUCAGAUUGUAAAAGCCUAAGACUUUAUCGUGUUUUGCUACUUGCAAUCAUCUUAUUAGCUUGCUCAGACUCCUUCAGAUAAUCUAUUAAAAGUAAAACGAACUCCAAAAGACCAGAACUUAUCCUCCUGUUUGACCUUAGAAUACAGAAAGAGGGAGAUGGAUGCUGUUUAGGGCUUGUGGGCGGGUGAGUUAUGCUAUUCAGGAUGAAGUUCAUGGGGAAAAAUAAGUUGCUGGAUGCGAGUCACCUUCAUGGCUAAGCAAUUAGCUUGAAAAACCAUAUCUACAUCAAGAAAAUUUUAUCAAUAUGUUUCAACCAAACAUGUUUGAGAGUCGCCAUAUGUUCGAUAUGACCGUCAAGAGCCCUGAAAAUGAUUUGGAAAAGCUGAAAGAUGAUGAUUUUGAGACCAAAUCAGGCACCGAGGUCACUGAAGCGCCCUCCGGAGAUGAUCAAGAUCCUAACCAACGCCCUAAAAAGAAACGUUACCAUCGCCAUACACAGCACCAAAUCCAGGAAAUGGAAGCUUUCUUCAAGGAGUGUCCUCACCCUGAUGACAAGCAAAGGAAGGAACUGAGCCGUGAGUUAGGAUUAGAGCCUUUGCAAGUCAAAUUUUGGUUCCAGAACAAGCGCACCCAAAUGAAGGCUCAACAUGAACGAACAGAGAAUGCGAUUCUGAAAGCUGAGAAUGAAAAGCUCCGCUCAGAGAACAAUAGAUAUAAGGAAGCCCUAAGUAAUGCCUCCUGCCCCAACUGCGGCGGCCCGGCAGCCCUUGGUGAGAUGUCUUUUGAUGAGCAGCAUUUGAGGAUCGAGAAUGUUCGUUUAAGAGAAGAGAUUGAUAGGUUAUCUGGAAUUGCUGCCAAAUAUAUGGGCAAGCCCCUAUCUUCUUUGUCCCAUCUUUCUCCUCAUUUACGUUCCCGAUCACUUGAUCUUGGGGUUAGCAAUUUGGGUGCACAGUCUGGGUAUGUGGGAGAGAUGUAUGGAGCUAUUGAUAUUUUGAGGUCAAUCACUGGACCUACUGAAGCAGAAAAGCCAAUGAUAGUUGAGCUUGCUGUUGCAGCAAUGGAGGAACUAAUGAGAAUGGCUCAGGCUGGAGAACCCUUGUGGGUUCCUGGUGAGAAUUCCACUGAGGUGCUUAAUGAGGAGGAAUAUUUGAGAGCUUUCCCUAGGGGUAUUGGCCCAAGGCCUUUGGGAUUGAGAUCAGAAGCCUCGAGGGAAUCUGCUGUUGUUAUCAUGAAUCAUAUUAACCUUGUUGAGAUUCUAAUGGAUGUGAAUCAAUGGUCUACUGUGUUUUGUGGAAUCGUAUCAAGAGCAAUGACACUAGAGAUCCUAUCAACAGGAGUAGCUGGGAACUAUAAUGGAGCCUUGCAAGUGAUGACAGCUGAGUUCCAAGUCCCUUCACCACUGGUUCCAACCCGAGAAAAUUACUUUGUGAGGUACUGUAAGCAGCAUGUUGAUGGAACUUGGGCAGUGGUUGAUGUUUCCUUGGACAAUUUACGCGGUAGUCCAAUAUCAAGGAGUAGAAGAAGGCCGUCAGGUUGUGUAAUUCAAGAACUACCCAACGGAUACUCAAAGGUGAUAUGGGUCGAGCACAUCGAAGUGGAUGAUAGAUCUGUCCACAGUAUAUACAGUCAACUGGUUACUUCUGGCCUAGCUUUUGGAGCAAAACGUUGGGUUGGUAUCUUAGAUCGACAAUGUGAACGUCUUGCAAGUUCAAUGGCUAUCAACAUUCCAGCAGGAGAUCUCUGUGUGAUAACCAGCCCAGAAGGGAGGAAGAGUAUGUUGAAACUGGCUGAAAGAAUGGUGAUGAGCUUUUGCUCUGGUGUGGGUGCUUCUACAGCACACGCUUGGACUACAUUGUCUCCAACUGGAUCUGAUGAUGUAAGGGUCAUGACCAGAAAGAGUAUGGAUGAUCCAGGCAGGCCUCCUGGUAUUGUUCUCAGUGCUGCAACAUCAUUCUGGAUUCCAGUUCCUCCCAAGAGAGUAUUUGCCUUCCUAAGUGAUGAGAACCAUCGAAGUGAGUGGGAUAUCCUUUCGAAUGGUGGUCAAAUUCAAGAAAUGGCUCAUAUUGCUAAUGGACGAGAUCCAGGAAACUGCGUUUCUUUACUCAGAGUGAAUAGUGCGAAUUCAAACCAAAGUAACAUGCUGAUACUGCAAGAGAGCUGCACUGAUUCGACGGGGUCAUAUGUUAUCUAUGCACCAGUAGACAUUGCUGCCAUGAACAUAGUGCUAAGCGGUGGGGACCCAGAUUACGUUGCUCUCCUUCCAUCAGGUUUUGCUAUACUUCCUGAUGGACCUGGAUUUAAUCCUGGAGGAAUUCAUGAUGUUCGGUCUGGCGGUGCUCUACUCACCGUUGCAUUUCAGAUCUUAGUUGAUUCAGUUCCAACUGCGAAACUCUCUCUUGGAUCAGUGGCAACAGUAAACAAUCUAAUUAAGUGCACAGUUGAAAGGAUCAAGACUGCAGUGACAAGCGAGAAUGAUGCAUGAUUGAAAAAAAGUCUUAUUCUAGGGAAAAUAAUGCAAGCUUACAUGAUCCUUACAUGAUCUUGUAACCUUACAGAAGUCAAGUCAAGAACGCACCUUACAUGAUCCUUGCCUCGUGGUGUUAAUUUGUUAAGGCAGAGGAGUGAAAGGCCAGGCAUUUCAUCACCAACACGCAAGGGUUAAGGUUCGGGCAUUGACUUUGGCUAGCAUUAACAAAGACAAAACUGAACCCAGACCUAGCAGUAUAUGUAUCGACUGUCUCCUUCUGAUCACCUUCUGCUUUGUUUCAGGACUAGGAUUGUUAGUGUUAAUGUGCUGCAAAAGUGACCUUUUGUAGCUUGUAAUUGUCUAACCUCUCUUUCUUUGUCUUGUGUAACUGUUUCUAAAGGAGGCAUUAGUAAACCUAUAAUUAACAAA